AAGUGGAUGGAAGCACAUUAAUGUUUAUUUAAUGUUGUAUUUACCCUAUUUAUAAUUUCUUCUAAUCUCUUCUUAUACUGGAAGCGCUGCGGUAGGUGUAAUGGAGAAAUUAUGAGCCAAGCCAUUGGUCCUCCGGGUCCUGUAGGACCUCCAGGUCCCCCAGGACCCCCAGGUCCUCCAGGCUCUCCAGGGUUCAUAAAUCCAUCUGAAGCAAAGCCCCCUACAAUUUACCAUCAGAAUGGAAGAUCAGAGUUAUACGGAUCAGUAAUCUAUUCCGGCGCUCCCGGAAAUCCUGGAAUGCCCGGUCCACCAGGACCUCCUGGACCACCAGGAGUUGUAUAUCUCAAUAGAGUGUUACCUGUCCCAGCACGGCCACAUUGCAAGCAGACGGUUCCCAAUGAAGAAAUGACUGAACCGGACUCUGGACCGGUUGAAGGCAAUCCCCGUCAGAAGGUGCACAGUUGGGUUUUUGCAAACAGAGAUGAGAUGUCUAAGGCUCUGGAGGAAGUAGCAGAAGGAAGCCUGGUGUACGUGAAGGAGCCAAGUAGUGCUUUCUUCAGGACCAGUGUUGGAUGGAGUAAAAUUAUGCUGGAAGAGUCUGAACCCAAUUUCCCAAAUGAUGACCCCUCUUUGCCAGAGGAAGUACAGGAUGAAGACUCUGAUAACCGUGAUGAGAUUGUUUCAGUGCUACCGAGUAUCACCCCAAGAGUUCCCUCAAUCCGCCUUAUAGCCUUAAACAUUCCAUUGCCUGGGGACAUGACCGGGAUUCGGGGAGCUGACUUACAGUGUUAUCGUCAGGCUCAGGAGAUGUCUCUUUUUGGGACAUUCAGAGCUUUUCUCUCUUCCUCCAGCCAAUCCCUGUCUUCUAUAGUAAAGAAGUCUGACAGAGGUCUUCCCAUAGUGAACUUAAAGGGCGAAAUACUUAUCAGGAACUGGAACUCUCUUUUUGAUAGCAAAUUAUCACUUCAUAAAUCUGGUGUCCCGAUUUAUUCUUUUAAUGGAAGAAACAUACUCACUGACCCUCUAUGGCCACAUAAGGCUUUCUGGCAUGGCUCUAGCCAAAGGGGAUCUUCUGUACGUGGCAGGAACUGCAAAGAAUGGAGAAAUCAAGUCAAUUCAGAAGGCCUGGCAUCACCAUUCACACAGCACUGGCUUCAAGAAAAUGAUUCCUUCACUUGUACCAAGACGCUAGCUGUCCUGUGCAUCGAAAUAGCCUUCCCCUAUUUCUAUAUGUGGUGACCAUGGAUCGCCACUCGCCAGCAUUCUCCCUUGGGCAACAGUAAAUCAUGGCGACUGCGUAUUUAUAUUCCUAUAUUUAUAUUGUAUAUGUACAUAGCAGACAUAGCUAUCCUGUUGCACAGCUCUGAUGAAUAAUAAUACGUGUAGGUGUAGGCUUAAAGGGGUACUCCGGUGGAAAACUUUUUUUCUUUAA